AGCAGAAGGCCGGGAUUGGAACCCAGGUCGUUUUGACUCCCAGCUGAAGAAUGGCACACUGCUUUUCCACUCAGAACAUUGUUGCGCUUUCAGAUCUGCAUCCCAACAUGGUUCAUUCCAGCGUAAGCGGUAUAGUUAUUGGGAAAACAGAUGUCAAAGGCUUUCCAGAUAGAAAAAAUAUUGGAUCGGAAAGAUGCACUUUCAGUUUUACUAUUCGAGAUUCACCGACUUAUUUUAUAAAUGUCACAUCCUGGGGAAGAGAAGAGUACAUUAAAUCACUUUCCGAAAGCUUCAGAGUUGGUGAUUGUGUUAUAAUUGAAAAUCCCCUGGUUCAGACCAAGAUAAUAGAAAAAGAAGAAAAAUUCAAUCCUACAACUCCUGGCUCCUACAAAUUACUGAUCAGCGAGAAUCAUUCGAUGGUUAAAGUUUGCUCAAGCUAUGAGGCGGAUGCAAAACUACGUCUGCUACUGCAUGUGCCCGCUAGUGAUCCUCACGAUUAUUAUUCACUGGGCGAUAUUGUGGCGAACGGGCAAAGCCUUGAUGGAAGAGUCAUUAAUAUUCUCGCGGCAGUGAAGUCGGUUGGAGAGCCAAAAUUCUUUACAACUUCAGACAGAAGGAAAGGCCAACGUUGUGAAGUAAAGCUGUAUGAUGAAACAGAGUCAAAUUUUGCAAUGAUGUGCUGGGAUAACGAAUCUAUUCAACUUGUGCAUAGUUGGAUCCCACGAGAAACAGUAAUAUUCGCUUCAGAUGUAAGAAUAUGCUUUGACAAAUUCCGGAACUGCAUGGUUGCGACCGUCAUCUCCAAAACUAUUAUCACAACAAAUCCAGAUACCCAAGAGGCAAAUACGCUUUUCAGUUUCAUGCGAGACAAUGCCAGAACAAGAACUUUAAAUGAUGAAGCCGAGAACCUGUCACCAGAGUCAGUAAAUUUGCAAACCAUAAGCGAUGUCUAUACGGUAGAACAGGUAAAGAUGACAGUCUUUCAGAACGAGCAGAAGGCCGGUCCGUUCUAUGGCAUCCUUUAUGCGUACAUCUCUAUGCUCAACAUUGACGAUGACUCUGCAAAAAUAUCCAACAGAUGUUCAAGCUGUGGCUCCAUUGUGAGUGAAGAAUCCGCCUUUUGCACGUAUCCAUCCUGCAACUCUGACCCUUCAGCCCUCAAACCGGUUUUUCCCAGCUUUAAUUUAUCGAUCGACCUCUCAGACCAUACGGGCACCCUCCGUUUCUGUAACCUUACGGGCAGCGUCGCCGAGGAAACCUUGGGUUGCACGGUGUCUGAGUUUCUUGCUCUAAAGGAAGAACAGAAAACAGCAUUGAAGUGGCAACUUCUUUUGGAAAGAAGCAAGAUUUAUUUGAAAUUUUUUCAAUCAUCCAAUGCAAAAAGUGGAUUGAAAAUAAAAGUGCUCUCGUGUAAGCUUGCAGAUCCGAUAGAGGCCAGUAGCAACUUGUCUGGGAAUGAUCAGACCAAAUAACACGUUAAAAAUGUCGAAGCCUUUCUGUGAAGCUUAAAAUUUCACUGCCUCGAGAAACUGCAUUCCAAUUGAACAAAAAACGCGUGCCCACGUUAAAAAGAAAAAUGGUACUGUUGCUUUUUGAUCUACUGUCAGAAUAAAACUUUAGCGGCUGAA